AACGUAAUGACGACAUAUCCUUCUUGUAAAUUUAUGGAAUGCCUGCAAUAUGCGGCUCUGAAACAUCGAACACAAAGACGAAAGGACCCCCAGGAAACUCCUUAUGUUAAUCAUGUGAUUAAUGUGAGCACCAUUCUGUCCGUGGAGGCCUGCGUCACGGAUGAGGCAGUUCUCAUGGCAGCCCUUCUUCACGAUGUGGUUGAGGAUACGGACGCGACGUUUUCGGAUGUGGAGCAACUAUUCGGCCCUGAUGUGUGCGGCUUGGUGCGUGAAGUGACCGAUGACAAGUCGUUGGAGAAGCAGGAGCGAAAGCGACUGCAAAUAGUUAAUGGACCCAAAACCAGCUCCCGAGCUAAGCUCAUAAAACUGGCCGAUAAGUUGGAUAACCUCAGGGAUCUGCUGGUUAACACCCCCAAGGGAUGGACAGAGGAACGACGUGAGCAGUACUUUGUUUGGGCCAAACAGGUGGUUGACAACCUGCGAGGAACCAACGCCAACCUGGAACUUAAGCUAGACGAGAUCUUCCGGCAACGAGGUCUUUUGUAAAACAAUAAUCAAACUAAUUAGAAAAGAGUGGUCCUAA